CGCCGGCUCUGCACAGCGUCGGGGGGCGGGGCCGCGGCGCCGCGCAUGCGCGCGGGGGCUGCGCUGGGCGGUAGGGCGCGCGCGCUCCACGCGGAGGGUUGGUUACCAAAUGGCUCUCUUGAAUAGAAGAGUUGGUUUAUCUUUAUCCCAUCUAACCAGUGCUGUGAUCCAACGACAGUUCAGCGUCACUGGAGCAUGCCGAGCAAUACAGAAACUAACGCGCGUGCGAGUGGUGGACAACAGCGCCUUGGGGAACACGCCGUACCACCGGCCACCAAAGUGUAUCCACGUGUAUAACAAGACUGGAGUGGGCAAAGUCGGAGAUAAGAUCCUUCUGGCUAUCAAGGGAGAAAAGAGGAAGGCUUUAAUUGUAGGGCACAAGAUGCCUGGCCCCACCAUGACGCCUAGAUUUGAUUCGAACAAUGUGGUGCUCAUAGAAGAUAAUGGCAAUCCCAUAGGGACUAGAAUAAAAACACCAAUUCCCUAUACACUGCGAAGAAGAGAAGGCGAGUUCUCCAAAGUAUUGGCCAUUGCCCGCAACUUUGUAUGAAUGCUGACAAGUCCUCAGCAAUCCUUUUACAUCCUUUCUUACAGUAGCUGUUCCUCGGUCCCGUUCCAGAAACUGGUGAAACACGAAUAAGCUGAUGUUCAUCAAGAAUCUCUCCUCCCUUUUAAGAAUUUCAAGCAACUAAUUUAAAUAUUGAAUAGUUUGUUUUUCUCCAAAAUAAAGUUGAUUUAUUUCACAGAACACCUGCAGUAUGUUUGAGAAAUGGUCCUUCAUCCUUACUCCUCCUAUGGUGUUAAUCUGGUUUGUCAUCAUUAAAAUGAGAACAUGAAAA